GGCUCGCCCAGGAGUUCUCAGCAAGUCUGGGGCAGAGGAUUGGCUGUUCUGGGCCUCCGAGCGCUUUCUCCGGGGAACCGUGGCUGGGAUCGAGGUGAGCUGGCUCGGGGCUGCGUGUGGCCCGCUUUGGGCAACCAGAAGCCUACAAUGGGCACCCCAGCCUCUGUGGUGAGUGAGCCACCCCUGUGGGAGGUUCCCACUGAGGCCCGGGGCCGCAAGCAGGCCUCAGCCAACAUCUUCCAGGAUGCCGAGCUAUUGCAGAUCCAAGGCCUAUUUCAGCGCAGUGGGGACCAGCUGGCCGAGGAGCGGGCCCAGAUCAUCUGGGAGUGUGCAGGAGACCAUCAUGUGGCAGAGGCCCUGAGGAGGCUGCGCAGGAAAAGGCCCCCCAGGCAGAGGCCCCUCCUCCCAUCACUGCAUCACUGCAGCCAGCUCAGAAUCCCGGAGCCCUGCUCUCUACCUGCCAAUCCACAGAGCAGUGCCACAGAGACAACCUCCAGCGAGCAACAGCAGAACUCCAGGAGGACAAGUACCAGGACCAGGCGGAGCUGGAGAAAGCCUAGCCCCACAGGCUACCUUCACCAGAUCAGACACUGAUCCAGGGAAGAGGCCAAGAAUGGCAGGAUCUUCCCUAGAAGUCAUGGGACUUCUGCCAAAGGGCCUGGGGAAGUGAAGAGGGGAGACUGGAGCAGGCAGCCCUACACAGGCAAAUGAAAGGAAGAUGCCACUGCCUGCUCAACAGAGAACAGAACUGCACUGUCCACCGGUCUAUGCACUACAUGUCACACUGUCAACAGAGGGACACAGCAACUGUUCCUGUCUCAGACCUUGACCUAACAUUAUAUGGGCUGCAUGUCUCCCUGGGAGUCAAGUGACAGGCACUCAGACAUAGCAUCUCACCACUCGUCACUAACCAACCCACUGGCUUAUUACUGCCACUCAGAAUCGGCAGCCUGUGUCACUCCCAUGUCAGGCCAGCAUGAGGAAACCACAGUUUAAGUGGCAAAUAAAAACAUUUGCAUUGAGAA